UCUCCGCAGCGUGGCGCCACUGAUGUUUAGCUGUUUCUAUCUUCAUAAUUUGACCCGUGUUCCUGUAUAACCUACAACGUACGAGCAAUAGUAGGUCGUAUAAAUAUAAUUAAUUAUAAUAUAAAUUUAUAAUAUAGACAAUGGCAGGAGCUCUUAAAAAGAUUACACUGACAGGAUUAAAACAAGUUCCUAAUCCUUAUGCUGUUUUGGAAGUCCUUAACAAUAAAAUAUUAAAUGGAUUGAAAACUUUUCCAGAGAAUUAUACAUACCGACAAUGUACAGAGCAGAUUGUCAAAGAACGAGUGAAUAUUUUAAAACAAAAUCCAGAUAAAGAAGUUGUAGCAGAAAAAUUAGGUGUCAAAUACAUCGAAGAAGUUAUCGAGCAAGCUAAAUUAGAAGUAAUGUUAAUACAUAGAAUGAAACUCUGGAAACCAUGGGAAAAUUUAAUCGAAGAAGCUCCAGUCAAUCAAUGGAAUUGGCCACCGCAUAAGUAAAUCAUGAUUAAAUUUACAGGCAACUGUAUAUAGAACAUUACUUCAUAUAUACAUAUACAUAUAUGUGUAUGCGUGUGCGAAUAUAUACAUACAUAUAUAUCCAUUCAAAGUAGUUGUGUAACAAUAAACCUAAAUUAUAGUUGUUACAA